AUGCAUAAUGAUUAGGAACUAGAAAUAUUUUAUAACUAAAACAAGUAAACUAAAGUGGAAAUUAUUUCCAAAAAAAAUAAUUAAAGGAUACUAAAAUUAGCAAAACAAAUACUAUUAAUCAAACUUUAAAAAGUUUUAUAAAGAAAAAACAAAAUUAGAAAUUUGAUUAGUGAAAACUCUACAAAAUAAAGAAACAUUAGUCUUUGUAUUUACUUAAAAAAUUAUUUUGUAAGAUAGUAUAUAAUAUUUAGAAUAGCUAUAGAAAUAUAAAAACAUUGUUAUUGCAAAUAAAAAUUUAGAAGUUAAGAUGUUAUAAAGAUUUGAAGAAUUAGCAUUUAGAAAUAUUGCUGAAUAAGAGGAUAGUGAUAAAAUAGCAGCAUAUGUAUGGAAUCUUUAAGAACUCUUUUAUAAAAGAGAGUGCAUUUUAUAAAAAGAGAGUGCAUUUUAUGAAAAGAGAAUUAUCUGUCGAUAUUUAAGCACUCUUCUAUCUCAAGAGAAUUAUUCACUUGUUGGAUAUCCAGAUUUAGUUAAUAAAUAUAAAGAUUAGUAAGCUUUAAUUUCAAUAUAUUUGUAAAUUAUUGGUAAUUUUAUCAAAAACUUUCUUAAUAAAUAAAGGGAAAUUAUUUUAAAUUAGUAUUUAUAGCACAUUUUUUUUAUGAACAGAAAUUUAGAAGAUCUGAUGUUGAAUAAAUAAUGA